AUGACUUUAAAAUUUCUGAUCAAAAUGGUAGUUUUUACACACACACACAGACAAGGCGGGGCCGGGAGCGACAGACACUAAGCAACUCAACACUGGAACUUCCAGCCACGGCUAGAAGCGGCUUUGAUGUCUGGGCUGCUCGGCUGCGGGCUCAAUCUUCCCCGGGCCGGGACAGGAGCGGUCGGGCUGGUUCUGCAGCUCUGGGCAGAGGCUACCGGUGAGAUGGUGAAGGUGCCAGGAUGUCCCGGGCUGCGCCGGCCCUCGGGUUACCUCCCCACGGCUCUGUUCUUCGCGGCGCUCUGCGGCUCUGAUGCUGGCCUCAGGAGGAAAGAUUGCCAGUUCCCGGACCCCUCCGAUCACACUACCUACAGGUGCGCGUCCCCGGCGUGCAAGCUGUCUCUGGGCAGCGGCGCGUUUAAGGCUGGCUCCGUGGUGCAGCAUUUCUGCGAAGCCGGCUACGCCCUGGCCGGCCACCCUGGGGUCUCUGUCUGCAAGGGCGGCCAGUGGAGCGUGCUGAAGCCGGUCGUCUGCAAGCCCCUGGCAGGAUCCCCGGUGCCUCGCCCCGGCUCCGUCAUCACUGUCUCCUCCAUCCCCAUGGUGGCUGCGGCCUCGGUGACGGCGUCCGCCCUGCUGCUGGUGGCCAUGGUGUGUGUCCUGGUGGGGCCGAAAACCUGCAGCCACUGGUGCUGGAGCAGGUGGUACGAGCCCAUGGAGGAGUCCGAGGUGAGCACCGUCGACAGCUACCCAGUGCCGCUCCCGUCUUACGAGGAGGCCGUCUAUGGCUCCCAGGGGGGCCCCGUGCCGCCCGCCCCCCCUACGCCGACGCCCCUCAUCCUCUCCAGGGGCCUGGCCCCCCCAGCGGAAGCAGCCGAGCCCCGUUGGAGUCCGGAGGCCGCCACCCCGCCCCCUUCCUACCAGGAGAGCCAAGCGGCAGCUGCGGGCGGCUCCGGCCUGGCCCGGCCCACCGCGCCCCCUGCCCGGUUCCUGUUCCCCGGGGCUGCAAAGGACCCGCGCAGGUGGCUGGGGGUCCCCGGCAGGGCCCCGACACUACAGCAGAGACGCCUCAUUUGA